UACAGUAUUACAGUAUUACAUCGGGGAUGCAUGAUUCAGUCAUGUAAAUGAAUGUAUUCAUUCGAUCACAGUACUUUUCAAAACCAGAGAAACUGCAAAGACGCAACUCCAGUCUUCUUGAUCCUCUAAGAAUAUUUUCCUGAAGAGAACACACACCCUGUACUCAGAGAUGAGGGAUCUGGGGUCAUAUCACUGCUGCCUCUCUGGAAAAACGGGAUUCAACCCAAUUACCCGAAAGUGAAUAAACAGAAACAUCUCCUCUUUUAGUUUCACAAGAGAGACAUCAAUCCCAGGCUUUUAUUUCCCUAACAACAAGCAACUACCCUCAACACUUGUUGAAAACACUGACCUUUAUCUUAUCCCUCUUUUUUCUCAUCAAUUCAUAUUAUCCCUCCACCGUCACUAAAACACUAACUAGACAUUCAUGAGCUGCUGGGGGCGACACAGGUGAGGUUCAAACAUGGUUUCCAUACAUCAGACAACACACAGAUGCUAACAGAUACUCUGGAAGGACACUCUUGCUGGGGGAGAGGGUGGCGGUCUGUCAGUUCAGAGGACACAGAGGGUUGAAAUGUUGUCACAAUGGUGCCAUCUAGUGGCCAGGAACUGACUCAAAGCCCUUGUCACAAGUUUGGAUAACAAUAAUCUGUUAUAUUUGUGUUAAUUUCAUUGCUUUGUCUGCAGUGCUCAUCUGACGGCAAUUAUAAGAGUUGCAUUAAAACACUAAUUAAUUAACUCAAUUGUGAGGAGAUUGAUUAAUUCUAAAUAAACAGCAGAUCUGUGCAGCAAAUGAGCUCUGCUUGGCUGAUGCAUCAGGGAAUGCAGACGACAAGUUUGAUUAUCUGCAGACAUGUGUAGCUGCAAAUCUUUUAAUUAAAACGAACAGAUAGUGAGUGUGCUUUGCAGCAACAUCGAGUGUCUGCCUUUUUAGCAUGUCUGUCUAUGUGUGGUCAGGUUAAGGAUGUGAGAAGUCAAUGAUUCAAAGAACUGUUUCCUGAGGGAUCAAGGGGGCACCAUCAUAUUUUAACUUGGAGGUUAUGUGUGCUGUCAUACAAAAACAGGCCUGGAGGUAUGAUACUAUGACUAAUAAUAAAUAAUAAUCUUAAUGACUACUAAUAAUAGUCCAUCACAAACACAAUUGGUUUUGAUUUGACUGGUACACUACAAACUAGUAAAUACAUGUUCCUCUCUUUCUUCCAAGUCUCUUGUUUCUCUACACAUUUUGGAUCAUGAUCCUAUUACAACUACAUACUAAUUAUUUGGACACUUGUUCAGUCUGGGAUAUUAUCCAUUAUCAAUGGAGGAACUUCUUAAUUUGCCAUAUUCCCUUCUAGUCAUCAGCACCAACCAGUAAACAAAUACCUUGUGUACUUUCACAUGGUCUGAGUCUCUUAGAUGUUUACAGAUUAGAGACAUAAACAAUAACAAAAACACAUCUGAACCCAAGUUCAGUUGACGGGUAUGAAACAGCCUGUAUCCUGGAAAUCCUUGCCUUGGAAUAGAUUAACAGGAAGCAGUCAGUCAAAAAAACGCCUUUUUCUGAGGGUACAGUACCGUCAGCAUCUGCACAUGCAGAAAGCCUAAUCAGAGAGAUACCGUUAAAGUGCAUGUAAUACUUUAGAGAUUUAAUGCAGUUUUUAAUUGGAUAGAGGCCCAUUAUUCUUCAACACAGAAGGGGCAGUGAGGCACAUAAAGCUCUUGAAUAUUUUUGCAAAUCGUGUUCAACAGCAUAAUGAUUGAGCAUGGCACUAAAUUUGCCUCACAAAAUGAAAAGCAAACUUCAUGCAAGGCGUAAUUUAAUUGUUUCCCUCCACAUUUUCCUCCCUGCCAUUGUAGGAAGCUUAACAUUUUUUAGUCUGCUGGGCGUUGAGUCUUGAGAUGCUCCAGCAGUAACAUUGUGACUGACAAAUGUUUUGAAGUAGUAAGAUGGUCUCUGUGUUUUACAAAGCCACAAUGCCAGUACAUACAGACCAGGACAGUAUCAUCAUUUUCUGUCAUAUUUGCAUAUUGCAAAUACUAAACAUGUCAUUGAACCUAAAAUCAAAUGAACAGACAUUUGAGCAAUGUCUCUUUGGAGAUUACAGUGGGCAUGGAAAUAUAACAUAUAGGUCAAUACAAUGCUCCAAGAUGUCUUUAAACACACCAGUGGAAUAUUACAUUUUUAUGAGGUGAUGUAGUUAAAACAAUGUGACACCCCACUGUGACAAAUUUGAUUUAGUCUUCAUAUAUCAAGUUUAUUGACACCCUAGUAUCCUGAUUGAGAAAUGUAUACAUUGAAUAUACGUAUAAAUAACAUACUUGACUAAGAAUUGUGUAAAGGUCAACAUUUAUUCCAUUCUUCAUGCAUGGUGCUUAGUAUUUCAGGUUUCAGACUGACACAGGAAAUAAUGUUGCUGCUCAACUCUGAAGAGAACAGCGCCACCUAGAUGGAAAAUAGUGGAAAUGGAGGAGGCUCCUGUAACAGCUUAAUAAUGUGUUACUCAGGCUGUCUCCCAAUACCCAUCCAAUGUAGUAUGCCUUAAACACAUUUAGAAGUAGGACUAUGUUUAAUACAGUGCACCAAAAAUACCAGGGUAUCCUACUACAUCUUCAAUCAGCCUAUUGACUACUUCCAGACUAUGCAGGGCUACAGUAUCAACACCCCGCUAUCCUACAAUGUGCACCUAAAUAUAGAUUUCUCACAGGACUCUUUCUGAAUGAACACAUGCAAAAUGUCAGCCUCUGAAAGUCAUGGCUCUCAUUUCCUAUGCUGGUGUUUCACCGUGGCCGUAACAACUUGCUGUUCUCGUUGAACUUCUACAUAACAAGCCAUGAUAUCGGUGUAGUACAGGGGACAACAGUGAUAAGGACCAACAGCCUUCCAAAUCCACUCAAAUCGUAACUUUCCUUCCUUCGUUCUGAGCCACAGAGACUGCUGAGGGUGCCACCGCUUCCGCUCAGCUUGGCUCUGACUCUGAUUACCGCUCUCAUCUUAUGUAAAUCCUCUUAAGGCACGUGUUAUUGUUUAUUGCAACUGUGAAGGUUAGGUGUUGCUAAGCUCCCGCGUCGGUCGCUUAUCUCACCACCGCAUGCAUCUUUGUCUCUCCAAUGUGUCUUGUUGUCUUUUUUUACCCCUCUUCCUCUAAUACACUAAUGGAUGGAAGUUGUCUGCACAGAUGUGAUGAUGACAAGCAAUCCAUUGCCCUCAAAAACCUGAAAUACUAAUCUCCUGGCGGUUAACACAAAACCUGAAUAAAAUAGGAUAGAUGAUUUUGGAAUGUUUUCUACGGCCCAUCUUUCUGAAACAAAUACAUAAAUAAAUCAACAAACACACUAAACGCAUCUUUUUUCAGAACGGAGCGUCUGUUUCUAGAUUUAAAUACGUUUUUGAAGUGUAUUUGAUCAAAACUAGUAGCCUACUUUUGUUUUGACGGUCUUGGUUUUAGCCUAAAACUGGGCAUCUUAGAUGAACAGUGGUUGGAAUAAGAGUAGGAUAGGCUGGAGUCCAGCCACUGGACACAUGGCCUAUACUCAGCAUUGGGAGCCAUAUUUGUAACCCUAUAGUAUAGUAUAGCGUCAGUUUUCCUGCCUCUGCUCGUUCAUGUCUCCGUCUAACAGGGUGGUAUUAGGUUGAAAAUUCCACCCUCAGUGACCCGUCACCCAGCUAAAAUUAUAUCACGAAUAUGUCAUGCCCCCCCUCCCCUCUUCUCUCAGUGAACGAGGUUGACAUGUCGAGCCAAGAAGUGCGCAUAAGGAAGUUGAAAAACUACUGCAACGCAUUUGCACGUUCUUAUUAACAGAAUAGUAACUGUUCCAAAUUAAAAUAUAAAAAUAGAACAUAGCUCUUGUUGCGGAAGGCGUGGUCCAUCUUAGCUCGGGUUUCUCAAAAUCAUAAAUCAUUAGCUCAGCCGAGCCCGGGGUCAUGAAUCAUGACGAUUCAGUCCAAGGACAACGUGGAUUUCGGUCAACAUUUCGCUCACUGUCCGUGUGCUCUCCCUCCGCUAAUUGUAAGCUCACGUGUAGCCAACAGAGGGCCUGCAGGAUUCCAGUUUUUAUCUUGAGUAAACUAUGUGUCCUCAGUCCACACAGGUGGGAAGGGAGGAGAUUCCACAUUUGAUCGCGGGGUUCUAAACUGAAGCAGUCUUUGCGGCAGAAAAAUCUGAAGAACAAAACAGUCAAUUUGUUGCCUGUAGUAGGCUACUUAAAUUUUCCCAUAGUUGUACAGGACGGGCAGCAGCACCUAAAAAAUGUCCAACCAUAACAUAAUUCUUAUAAAAGGAGGAAAAAUCGUAAACGAGGAUUUCUCAGUGAUCAGCGAUGUGUUCAUAGAAGACGGGAAGAUUAUUGAGAUUGGACACAACCUCCAGAUCCCUUCGGAAGUCAGAGUGAUAGAUGCAACGGACAAACUCGUGAUCCCAGGUGGGAUUGACACCCAUACUCACAUGGAGUUAGAAUUUAUGGGUACCAAAGCUGUGGAUGACUUCCACAUUGGUACUAAGGCGGCCCUCGCUGGAGGGACGACCAUGAUCCUGGACUUUGUCAUCCCACAGAGAGGCUCGUCUCUCCUGCAGGCAUACGAUAGGUGGAGAACGACGGCCGACCCCAAAGUCUGCUGUGACUACUCUCUGCAUGUGGCCGUCACCUGGUGGAGCGACACGGUCCAGUCAGAGAUGGCUACCCUGGCCCAAAAGAAGGGAGUCAACUCCUUCAAGAUGUUCAUGGCCUAUAAAGAUGUGUUCAUGCUGAGGGAUGAUGAGCUCUACGCUGCUUUCUCCAUGUGCAAGGAGAUCGGGGCCAUAGCGCAGGUCCAUGCUGAGAACGGAGACCUGAUUGCAGAAGGUGCCAGGAAGAUGCUGUCGCUGGGCAUCACGGGGCCCGAGGGCCACGAGCUGUGUCGACCUGAGGAGGUGGAGGCCGAGGCCACCCAGAGAGCCAUCACCAUCGCCCACACUGUCAACUGCCCUCUCUACGUGGUCCACGUUAUGAGCAAGUCUGCAGCCAAGGUGGUGUCCAACGCACGCAGAGCAGGAAGAGUGGUGUUCGGGGAGCCCAUCGCUGCUGGCCUUGGCACAGACGGCACUCACUACUGGCAUAAGGACUGGGCCCACGCUGCCAGCUUUGUGAUGGGGCCUCCUCUGAGACCCGACCCCAGCACCCCGGGGUACCUCAUGGACCUGCUGGCCAAUGAUGACCUGAGUGUGACGGGGACGGACAACUGUACCUUCUCCAGGUGCCAGAAGGCCCUGGGGAAGGACGACUUCACCAAGAUCCCCAACGGGGUCAACGGAGUAGAGGACAGGAUGUCCGUCAUCUGGGAGAAGGGAGUGCAUAGUGGGAAAAUGGAUGAAAAUCGAUUUGUUGCAGUCACCAGCACCAACGCGGCAAAAAUCUUCAACAUCUACCCACAGAAAGGUUGCAUCGCCAGGGGCUCGGAUGCUGAUGUGGUCAUCUGGGACCCCAGAUUAACCAGGAAGAUCUCAGCGGAGACCCACCACCAGGCGGUGGACUACAACAUCUUCGAGGGCAUGGAGUGCCACGGCGUGCCCGUGAUGACCAUCUCCCAGGGGAAGGUUGUGUAUGAGGACGGCCACCUGCACGUCACCCCGGGCACAGGCAGAUUCAUCCCACGCCAGCCUUUCCCCCAGUUCGUCUACAAGCGCAUCGACCAAAGAGACCAGGUUGGUAAGCCAUGUGCUGUGGUAAGGAAACCAUAUGAAGGUGAAGUCAUAGUUAUAUGAUGGACCUUAAGUACCAAUUGAAAGAGGAAUCCCUCUAAAGGGAUUCAGAAGUGCCAAUAUCCUGAAUGUACCUGAAUGUACAUGAAUGUACAUGCCAUGCAAACCUGACCAACAAAAUAAUUGUAAAAUAAUGUACAAUUUUUGCAAUGUGGCCAAAUGAUUGAAUGGUCCUAUUGUUUAAAUUUUAUGAAUUCUCAAGACUUUUAAGACAAAAUGAAUGUAUCAUUUUGAAAAAAUGGUACCCUAUACUGUCAACCAACAAUGCAUAUUUUAAGAAAUACCAACCAUGAGGACUUGUUUUUACCACUUCAUGUCUCCAGUUUAUUCAUUUAUUGUAUCUGUGUCUCCAAUAUAUGGUGGCAAUCU